CGACAGGCGGGCGGGGUUGAGCGACGGCGAAGAUGGCGGAGUUGAAGAGGUUGCAGAAUCGCCUGGAGAAGUUGGAGGCUCAGCUUUACGGAGAGAGGCCGGUGCAGGCAGGCCAGUUUACUGAUGCUGUUGUAAAACUCCAGACGUCUUUGGGUAAUAUUGCCAGCAAAAGAGAGAGGAUAAAAUCUUUAUAUAAGAAAAUUGAUGAUCUAAUAAAGUACUUGGACCCUCAAUAUGUAGAGAGAAUUGAUGUUCCAGAUGCCAUGAAGCUGGAGUUCAUUCUAGCAGAGGAGCAGUUCAUCCAUUCCCAAGUGCGUCUUUUAGAAUUGGUGAAGAAACAUCAGCCUUACCUUGAGAGCGAGCACAUUAAAGCUGUGCCUAAUUAUUCUUCAAGGGUGCAAGCGCUGACGCAGGUUCAAAUUCAGGAGCAGGAUCAAUGUAAUGCAAUCACAGAAGAUGUAACCAAGAUGCUAGAUGAAUAUAACAAAAUGAUUCUACUCCUUUCAAAGCAGUUUGUUCAGUGGGAAGACAUGCUAACCAAGCUUGAAGCUGCAAAACAAAUAAAGCCACCCUCUGAUUGACAUUAUGUAGUGUGGAUGAAAAAGAAAUGUGGGAGAGGAGCAAACGAUUCUUAAUAUUCACAUAACCUUGUAUACGUAAUGAGUAAUUUAAAACAUAUAUUGUUUUACAAUGUGUUCCCUGUAAAGCAUUUUAAAAUCUUUUGCAGUAAUAUAAUUGGCAUUAAAUGUGAUAGUAAUUAGAAUUACAGAUGAAUACCUUAGUGUCACAUCUGCAAGUUUACGUUACAAUAUUUAGAACUAAUGAUAUUUAAAAUUGAAAAAAAGUACUGAUGACUGACUGUCGCUUUCCUUUUGUAAUAUUUAAGUCUGGAGUGCAAUUUUUGUUUUGUGAACCUCUGUGUGAUUUAAGAAUUCUUCAGUUUACUCUUGAAUUAAUUAUCUAGGGACUUGUAUAUAUAUAUACACACAAGCUAACAUAAACUUAAUCCUUGCCUGUG